CGACAACAGCCGUUCACUUGUAAUCAAUUAGCGUGACAUAUUUCAAACAUUCCGACAAAUCUUCGUGCAACAUCGUCUUCCAGCAGACCACUUUGCCAAGAUGGGGUGGAUCUUAUCAGUCAAAAAUGCCGCAAUGUCUGCUAGGAGCUUUCGAGUGUUUUCUUUACAGAAAGCCUUUGCCCAUCCGCAACUGAGCUGGUAUGCGCGCGUCCACAACGACCAAGCGAUCAAAUUUCUUACCACCGACAAGCGUGAUGAAAAUGUUUACUUCCGUGGGACUUUUGAUCAAAGUAAAGACCACACGAGGGAUAACCGUUUUGAAGGAGCAGAAAAAGGCUCUUCUUUGGAUGUUGGCCAUGACUAUAAACGUGACACAUCGAGGAACAACCCCGAUGUAGAUCUAGAAAAGGUCCACGCACUCCUCGCGUCGCGUUUGCAAGCUAAGAAAAUGAGACAGUUCGACGAAGCCGAUAACAUCUGUGACGAGCUAUUGAGGGUUCACGGUGUCACCGUGUGGGACCGCGAUAAAACAUGGCGCAGUGGGUGCAGCGAGACUGGAUCGGAGUUAGAGCGCGCCGGUGGCCCUGUUAAUUAUGGCCCACUGGGACACGACUACUUGCCAUCGCCCGACGCCGGUCCAGCUAAGGCAACCAUGAGUGAAGAAAAGAUAAACGCCCUUUUGGCAGAGCGUCUGCAAUGUAAACUUUCUCGUCGAUUUGCGGACGCUGACCGCAUUCGAGAUCUGCUCGAGUCCAAAGGCGUUUACGUCCAUGAAUUUCGCAAAGAAUGGCGUGCCGAUGGGGUCAAGUUUGAUGACAAUAUGAGCCAAGGCAGACGUAUGUACCAAAGUCGUCCAUACUCAGAAUCACAUCACUCUGACAGUGCAGCUCUAACGGUGGAAGAGAUCAAAACUAUUGAAAAUCUCAUUGCUCGUCGAUCUCUCGCUAAGCAGAGUCAAAACUACAGACUGGCCGACGGCAUUCAAGAUGAACUUAGAAAAGAUUUCAAUGUACAUCUUAAUGACUUCGAUAAUGAGUGGUCUGCGGGUGGAUAUUUUGGACCAAAUAGAGGGCAUUUUCGUGAAGGGAGAGAAUCGCACACCAGAUUCCGAAAAUCUAAGACAAAACGUCGUAGUUAACAAUUCACAAAGAACAACGAUAAUAUGAUGGAGUGGACCCACCAGUAAGCUCCUCUUAAUGCCUUGCACCCUUGUAUGUCAAAUUGUCAUUGACUAAAGUCUACUCGAAUAACCACAGGGAUGGUGUCCAUUGCCAACCUUUUUUUGUCAUCAUUGCUUGAAAGAGUUGAUGUAUAACAGAUAUAUAUUGGGCGCAGCUCUAUAAAUAUUCACCUGCCAAUUGUGA